AUGGGCGAGGUUCGGACGUGCGUGAUCUUAUUAUUUGUUCUACUGCAUGUUAUUCAUGCGCAAUCAUAUUUCGAUUCGUUCAUAUGUGACUUUUUAUGCGACGACGAUGACAGCUACGGCUUCUGUGAAGAUUGCUCAUCAGAAGAAUCCUCCGAAUCCACAUCAACCAAGAAACCCACAAGUUCCAGGCCUCUAACUCCUACGCAAAAUAUUACUAUAAAAAUACCCGCAUCUCAAGGAACAAUAUUAGACAUUUUGAACUGGAACGGCCUAUGGUCUGUGAGCGUGGAUGCCCAGAGUAAACCAUCUGCCUCUUCACCUCCCCCUGGAGAAGCUACCACAACCCCAAAGUCCACUGCUGCAUCAGAAGCUACCACUGGAGCAUCUACAACUGCUGCGGCUGGACGAUAG